AUGGCGGCUCAAUCUACCCUUCGGCGUACAGAUGACCCGAUAAUUAUACUAUAUCGGCAUUAUUCCCAGCUCCUGGUGUCCCGUGUUCGAAAAUCGUCGAGAUUAGUGAGGCUAGCUGCCACAAUCGCCUUACUCCUAUCCAUCAUUGGAAGUGGGUAUGGGGGGUAUACCUGGUGGAAGAAUUGGUCCAAAGAAAGGGUCCAAGGAAGACAACUGUUACGCAAAAAUUCGGGAUUACGAGGAAAAGACGGCUCAAGGAUAAUAUACGUUCCUUACAAGUCAUCUCUCACUUCCUCUAGCACGUCCAAAGUUACAAUUCAUCCUACAAAGUCUACGACAUUUGAUGCCCAUCGGCGACUGUUUCUGAACCCCCCUCGGGCAGUUGGUCUACGCGAAGGAUAUGGAGGGGCACCACCGCCUUCCACGAAGCCAGGGUUGAACCUGGCAUUUUUACACCAACUGCUUAGCCUUCUGAGCAUUAUGAUUCCCCGAUGGAAUAGCAAAGAAACUGGUCUCCUACUCAGCCAUGGUGUUUUCUUAAUGUUGAGGACAUACCUAUCCCUCGUGGUCGCGAGAUUGGAUGGUGAAAUAGUACGGGAUCUCGUGGCCGGGAAAGGAAGAGCUUUCAUCUGGGGCAUCAUCAAAUGGUGCGGUAUCGGUACUUUUGCUUCAUACACAAACGCUAUGAUCAAAUACCUAAAGUCGAAGGUCUCGAUUGCUUUCCGAACGCGGCUAACCCGCUACGUACAUGACCUUUAUUUGAACGACAACAUGAAUUACUAUAAACUUUCGAAUCUUGACGGAGCUAUAGGCCAAGGGGUUGACCAGUUUAUCACCCAAGACCUAACCCUUUUCUGCAGCGCCGUUGCAUCGUUAUAUUCUUCACUUGGAAAACCCCUGGUAGAUCUUAUUGUUUUUAACUAUCAACUUUAUCGUGCGUUAGGGCCACUGGCUCUCACCGGUAUCCUCAGUGGGUAUAUUGGCACGGCAUCUCUGCUCCGCAGUCACUCUCCUCCAUUCGGGAAACUUAAGGCAGUGGAAGGAAAGAAAGAAGGUGACUUCCGUAGCCUGCAUUCCAGGCUCCUUGCGAAUGCUGAAGAGAUAGCUUUUUAUGGUGGAGCUGAUAUUGAGCGAGUCUUCCUUUCUAAAAGCUUUUCCAACCUCCAACGCUGGAUGGAAGGUAUCUACAAGUUGAAGAUACGAUAUAACAUGUUUGAAGACAUUUUAUUGAAAUAUUCUUGGUCAGCUUUUGGUUACCUGAUCACCUCGCUACCGAUUUUUCUUCCAGCCUGGGGCGGAGCUGGCGGUGUCCUGGAGAUGGCUACACCUGGUGCAGGUGCCACUCGCGAACGGGGCCGUAUGAAAGAAUUCAUAACUAAUAAACGAUUAAUGCUGUCUUUGGCAGACGCGGGUGGCCGUAUGAUGUAUAGCAUCAAAGAUUUAUCAGAGCUCGCUGGAUAUACGUCACGAGUAUAUACAUUAAUAUCAACCCUCCAUCGUGCCCAUGCCAAUUCAUACUACCAACCCCGUGGGAGUCAAAUAGAACUGUACUCGCUGUCUGAUGUUCAAGGGACUAUUCACAGCGGGUACGACGGCGUGCGCCUUGAGAAUGUUCCUAUCGUGGCACCGGGACUGUUCCCUCAAGGUGGAGAUGAACUUAUCGAAUCGUUGUCCUUUAUCGUUCAUUCAGGUGAACACUUGCUUAUAUCGGGCCCCAACGGAGCUGGCAAGUCUGCCAUUGCACGGAUUAUCGCUGGACUGUGGCCUGUAUACAGAGGUCUAGUCAGUCGACCCAGGAAUUUUGGCCAAGAUGGCAUCAUGUUCUUACCUCAGCGGCCUUACUUGAGUACUGGAACGUUGCGCGACCAAGUCAUCUACCCUCACAAUGAACUUGACAUGCGCGAAGGCGGGCGGACUGAUAACCAUCUGACGGAAAUACUUGAGGCAGUUCACUUGGGCUAUCUUCCGGCUCGUGAGGGUGGAUGGAAUGGACGCAAGGAAUGGAAAGACGUUCUCAGCGGUGGAGAAAAGCAGCGUAUGGCCAUGGCACGGUUAUUUUACCAUGAUCCACGUUACGUAUUCUUGGACGAAGCAACAUCUGCAGUGUCUUCCGACGUUGAGGGUCUAUUGUACGAACGCGCAAAGGAGCGAGGCAUCACCUUGAUAACAAUCUCGACUCGAGCGUCCUUGAAGAAGUACCACACCUUUAACCUCACUUUGGGCCUUGGAACUGAUGGGAUGAGUUGGGAAAUUGACCGCAUCGGAACAGAGAAGGAGAAGAUGGGUGUUGAGAAAGAAUUGCAGGAUUUGCGGAGGCAACUAGACAACGUUGAUGCCCUCAAAGCUCGCAGGCAGGAGAUUGAAGACGAACUACAGAAGGUUUGGGUGGAUGAGCAAGAUGCUGCUGGGCUUACUUCUGCCACCUAG